CUGUGUUACCAUGCUCAAGGAAAUAAUUUUGAUUUUCUAUUCUUUUAUGGUUGUCUUCGGGCAUCCACCAAAAUGUUACCUACCGCAAGCAAAAGGAACAUCUUCAAAUUGUUCUUAUGAGGCUUCUAUUAGAUACCAUUUUGACCCUAAAACGAAUAUAUGUCAUGCAUUCAAAUACGAAGGAUGUGGUGGAAACGUGAACAAUUAUGAGACUCCAGGAGAUUGCGGUCAGAACUGUAAUGUAGACGAAAAAACAUAUAUACAGUGUGCUCUCGGAGCUCCACCUAUAUUCGAUAGCCGUGGUAAUAACAACUGCCCGUUAACAAGUGAGGAGACUGGGGAAGGAUGUGAAAGUGACGAGGCUGUGUGUAAAUAUUUUUCAACGAUGGCUCUAUGUUGCAACAAAACUGUGGAAGUUGGAUUGAAAGAGGAUCAAUCUACAACAUGUCCUUCUGGAAAAUCGCGGUGGCAGAUUGGUGGAAUAACGGUACUUGCCAAGACUUGUGAUGACGUCAUUUGUCCAAAUGGGUACACUUGCCAAAAUGGGAUGUUCUUUUCUUACUGUUGUGAAAAUUGAAAAUUGUUAGAUGAAAAAUUAAGAAUUGAGAAAAAAUAAAGCUGUAGAACAAAC